AUGCCGAUCCAGAAGUCUUUCUCUGACCAGAACCAUUCUUCCAAGGCAAGACAGCAAAGGCCACCACACCAUCAAUGGAACCGCAAUAGAACCUUCCAAGGGACGUCCGCAACAAACCUGGAAGCAAAGCCAUUACAGAAGAAACCACCGAUUCCAGUAUCUACAGCCACGAAAAACAAACUCAGUGCCUUCCAAUUUGGAGCACAGUCUACAAUCAAGAAGGCAACAAAUUCGGUGGUAAGUCUGCUUUCAGACGAAGACAAGGAGAAUGAAGGGGCAAAGAGCAGGACGCCGCCUGUUGCGGGAACCAAAAACUGCAUACCGAAGAUAUCGCAAGAGCAGCCACCCCUGCCGACGAGGAAGUCAGUACCAACAACACCAGCUGGCAGAUUAGCAUUACCGGAGUUGCUUGGGAUGAAGGACGUGAGACGCCCGCCGCAGAGUGUGUCGCCCGACGAACGGAUAGAAUGGGACCACAAGGGCAAGGGGCAUGGCUCCGCUUUCGGAGGCACCCGAGGAGCCAAAAAGCGUGCACGAAGUUCUUCGCCGACUGGAUCUUCACCUGCGCGGGCCUUCAGUUCUCGUCCUCAGGUCGACCCUGGCUCUGAUCUAUGGGGUCGAUACUCUCUAAAUGGAUCCAAUGCUCAGGCCCCUCAGGGGCCAGCUGUCCCAGCAUUGGCAAAUAUCAUGCACACCUCGUCGCCACAACAUAUAAAGGAAGGAACCACACCGCGCGCCGGAGGCGGCUUCAGAAGGGCCAAUAGCUGUGGCAACCAGUUUCCUAAACGAAGAAGAACUGGGAUCUGCGAGAACGAUGAUAUUUUCACAGAAUCGGCUACUAUUGGCCCCUCGAAGCUAUCAGUCUUGAUUGAGAGGGUCACCGAAGGAUUGUCACAAGUACCGAAGCAAAUGGCUGCUAAUCUACAUUCCCGGGAACCGUCCGAGGAAUCUCGUGAUCAACAACUCUCAGAAGCUGACGAGGAGCCGCCAAAGCAACGACGGCACCUCCAGGUAAACCAAUCUCAUUUGAUAGAUGGUGAUAAAGACUCUGCACCGAUGGAAAGUGAGGAAAUUGUGCUUCCACCCCUGCCCGAGAACGAAGAUACCGAUUACGACGAAUUUGACGAUGACGAGCUCGAUGCUAGUCUGCUCGAGAUUGUCGGCGCACAUGAUUUGGGCUCCCGACUUCCUCCAGAUCCCUCUCCACCCCCGGAGCGUCCAGUUGCCUCGCGAGCGCCUCCUCAAGCUCAACACACCCCGCGUCUUUUAAAACAAGAAUCUAUUUAUGCCCAGACACCUGUGUCAGCAAUCCAAACCCUUAAACUUCCCAAGCCAUGCAAAGUAAGCCCUCUCAAAGCCGAGAAGGAUGAGCUUAAUGAUUCCGACGAUGAGAUUUUCAUCGCAGCCGCAUCUCAAUUUGAUGCGCCGGCCCACAUUGCAAGCAGAAUCUCAAGAGUGGAAAAUAGGAGCGCCGGAAAGGCACGGCAGAUGAGAAGGGUGCCAUCCAAAGCAGAAUCUGAGGAUGAAUUUGGGGAUGGCGGACUGGAUGACAGCGAUUUUGAAAAAGCAGAAUUAAAUGCGACUCAGGCUAUUCAGCAGACCGGAAAUAGUCUUUUACCUUGCACUCAAAAAAAAGCAGCCAUCCAGAGGUAUCUUGUCACCAACGUCUUGGAAUCGGAAUAUGAAAACGCUAAAGGUCGAAAGCAGAAAGAGAAGGUUCUGAUUCUCCAGGUUGAGCAUUCUAAAAUGACGAAAGUAGUCAACUUGAGAGGCAUCUGGAUAGAUACGCCAGUGGAACAGAAAGCCUUUGUACAUGUUAUUGGACUCUUCGACUCUGCUGGCAGAUGUAUUAUCGAUGACAACGUUAAUCUGCUGAUUUUGCAUCCGGAUCAUCUUAUUUCUUCGACUGUGGUAGCAGAUUCUUUUGGAUGCACACGUCGUGCGGUUCUGCAAGACAGGAUCAAGGCGACCAGCGAUUCUUCGGCCCCGUUGGUUUACGGCACAAUGCUCCACGAGAUAUUUCAAUCAGCAAUGUUGGAAAACCGCUGGGACAUAGAAUGGUUGGGUGAGCUUGUCGAGAAAACGGCGUUGCGCCAUCUUGAGGCCCUCUAUACCAUCAAAAUCGAAGUUCCACAAGCCGUAGAAUACUUGAGAAGCAAGAUGGCCGAAUUGCAGUGCUGGGCUGAAUUGUUUGUCUCUUCGCAGCCAAAGUCUCAGGCAAAAGUCCAAGCAGGCAAUGGAGAAACAGUCACCAUGUGUGUCAGCAAACUCCUAGAUGUCGAAGAGCAUGUCUGGUCUCCCAUGUAUGGCCUCAAGGGCAAUAUCGAUGCCACCGUGCAAGUUACCAUGCACGAUGGGAAGCGGCAACAAACCUUAACGGUGCCAUUCGAAGUCAAGACUGGGAAGAGUCCAAGCGCUGCUCAUCGGGCUCAGACAGCUCUAUACAACCUACUUCUGUCCGAUCGAUACGACGUCGAAAUUGCGUAUGGUAUCCUGUACUACAUGGAAACCUCGGAAACAAUCAGAAUCCCCGCUAUUCGACACGAACUUCGACACAUGAUUAUGCAACGGAACGAACUUGCUUGUUUCGUACGGGAAAAACACACCACACUUCCUACCAUGCUGAAGAAGCAAAAUAUGUGUAAUCGGUGCUAUGCCAAGGUUCCUUGUUUUAUCUACCACAAACUUGCCGAUGAUGGGAAUGGGGAGACCAGUGGCUUGAAGGGCAAAUUCGAUGAAGUCGUACAGCACCUGGGUCCGAAGCACAAAGAGUUCUUCUUGAAAUGGGACGAUCUCCUCACGAAGGAAGAGAAGGAGACCCUCAAGUUCCGCCGAGAGUUGUGGACUAUGCUUAGUUCAGAGCGAGAGAAGCUCGGCAGGUGCUUUUCCAACGUGAUCAUCGAGCCAGGCUCGGCAUACGAGGAGCAAAACAACCCCAAGAUCAACCGGUAUAGAUAUAGUCUGGUCAAGCCAGACCCGCCCCCAGGGUUCUCCUUCCUCGAUUCUCAAAUUGCUGUUGGCGAGCCUAUCGUUAUAUCUGACGAAAAGGGGCAUUUUGCCCUCGCAAAUGGAUAUGUUACUCAUGUUCGCAAGAAACGUGUGACCGUUGCUGUCGAUCGUCGAUUACACAAUGCUCGGAUUCGUCAACCUGGGUUUGACGAAGCCGACAAUCAAGUUUUUGCCAGUAUCAUGCAAGUAGCGCCUGAAGGUGCCGUAGAUGAGGAUGCGGAGGGGAAGAUUGUGGAGGCUCCCACCAGAUACAGACUCGACAAAGAUGAGUUUAGCAACGGUAUGGCAACGGUCCGAAACAACCUCAUCCAGACCAUGGCAGAUGGCCCAUUCGGAUCCCGAAAGAUUCGAGGCUUGGUUGUGGAUCUCAAUGCCCCGCGGUUCAAGAUGGAGCCUACAGCAUUUGUUGUGAAGGAUCAUGAGAAUCUGAAUGCUGAUCAAAGGAAUGCUAUCCUGAAGGUAAUGAGUGCCGAGGACUACGCAUUGGUUCUUGGGAUGCCGGGUACGGGCAAAACAACGACCAUCGCCCACAUCAUCAAGACUCUGGUAUCUCAGGGAAAGACGGUUCUGCUUACAUCUUACACUCAUACUGCGGUCGACAACAUUCUGUUGAAGCUGAAGGACGAUAACAUUCCCAUCCUACGCCUGGGUACGAUCGCAAAGAUUGCAAUGGAGGUUCAAGAAUUUGCAACAUUGGCAGUAACUACCAAGACCUCAUUCGAGGAGAUCCGGAGUGCAUGGCACGACACUCCAGUCGUUGCAACCACAUGUCUGGGUAUCAACCACGCCAUCUUUAGUGAGCGUACUUUCGACUACUGUAUUGUGGAUGAAGCUUCGCAAAUCACGCUCCCGGUCUGCUUGGGACCUAUUCGUCUCGCAAAAACAUUCAUCCUUGUCGGCGACCACUACCAGCUUCCCCCUCUGGUAGCAAAUGAAGAGGCGCGCGUCGGAGGUCUAGACAUCAGUCUCUUCAAGCACCUUUCCGAUUCCCAUCCCAGCUCUGUUGUCAAUCUCGAGCACCAAUAUCGCAUGUGCGAAGACGUAAUGUCCCUCAGCAACAAGCUCAUCUACGACGGGCUCCUCAAAUGCGGCAGUCAGGAAGUAGCCAACAGCACCAUCAAAAUCCCCACCAUGGACAACCUCCAGAACCACCACUACUCGCCUUCGACACUCCCCCUCGCACCCAAGUCCAUCUGUCCCGGCUCUAUGAGAGGGCGCUGCUGGAUUCGCGACCUCAUAGAUCCCUCCACUAAGGUCUCCUUCGUCAACACCGAUCCGCUCCUUCCUCUCUCCCGCGAACAAGCCAAGGGGAAUCGAAUCGUCAACCCCACCGAAGCAGUUGUCUGCACCCAGCUUGUCGAGUCUCUGCUCAGCGUAGGCGUGCCAGCGGCCAGCAUCGGCAUCAUGACCCACUAUCGCUCACAGCUCUCUCUGCUCAAAGAUAGCAUGCGCUUGCAUCCCGAUAUCGAAAUGCACACCGCCGACCGGUUCCAGGGCCGCGACAAGGAAGUCAUUGUCCUCUCCCUAGUCCGCAGCAACGAGGCGAAAUCUAUCGGCGAGCUGCUGAAGGACUGGAGGCGUAUCAAUGUCGCAUUCACACGCGCGAAGACGAAGUUGCUCGUUAUCGGCAGCAAAGAAACGCUGAUGGGGAAGGGGCCGAACGAGCAUGGGGAAGAGGAGAUGGUCAGUCGCUUUGUGAAAUUGAUGGAUGAGAAGCGUUGGGUCUAUGAUUUACCGAAGGGCGCGCUGGAGGAGCAUCUCUUCGAGGUGGGGAAGACGCAGACCCAAACUCAGGGUGGUGGGCUCGGGAGCGAGAAAGUGCUGGACAGUCAGUGGGCCGCUGUCACCAAGAACGAGAACGAAGAGAAGAGAAAGGAGACGAAGCGUCUUGCUGCUGCUGCUGCCGAGAUUGAGAUUGAUCGGAAGCCUUCUUCUCAUGGAAAGCCGAGGAGAGAGGAUACAGGGAAGGAAAACCCGCCGCUGCCGGGUCAUCGGCCUCUUGGAAAAGCUCCCGGUCUGAUGGGGACCACUAGACAGCCUAACAAGAGGACGUUUGGGCAGAAGCCGUUCAAGGCGCCUCGGAUGAUGAGCGUGCUUGGGGAUGUACUCAAUGAGCUUUCUUAG